AGUAGUAAUUAGUGCUAAUGGCCAGUAAUAAUAUUUAAUCCAUUAUAAGAUGAAAUUUUUUAUAAAAUUAAUGAUUACGUACGGGUUGUAAAUUAUUAUUAAUUAUUGAUUAAUUAAUUAAUUAAUACUAUAGUUAAAUAUUUUUAAAUUACAAUGAAUAAAAAAAAGAAGUCUAAAUCGAUUUUAAUUUAUUUUAAAAAUGAUUUUUAUUAAUAGAUAAUUAAAAAUAAUGUAGUUUUUAAAUAAAAUAAUUAUAAAAAUUGUAUUUUAAUUAAAUAAAAUCACUGUGAGAAUUAAAUUAUCACUUUACCAGAUGAGUGGUAAUGAAGGUGAUGUCACCCCCAUUGGAGGAGGAAACUCUGUCGCUUGUUGGCGACAGAAAAUCCAGUGGUCUAUUACAGGAAAAGGGAAUUAUCAGCAGCCGAGGUGGGGGUGGUGGCAGGUUUGGAAUCAGAAGUCAUACAAGAAUGUAUACUGAAGAAAGUAAUCAUCAAAUGGCUAGCGAAAUGACAUCAACUAACUCUACUAGCAUCACCAACACCACGACAGCUAUGGCAGCAACCACAACAAAUUCAGUUACAGCAAUAACUUCUCCAGCUACAACGUCUGUGAUUGAGACUGAUGGCAGUGGUGAAAAAGUUUGUGGAGUAAGUGAAAAAACUGGUGGGGGUGUUGUUACAUUUGCUGAUUCUGCAGAGUAUGAUUUGAUUGAUUCUACAAAUAUUGAUGAUAACUUGCUUGGGCAAUUUCAUGAAGAUGCUAUAAAACAGGCCGGUGUUGGUUACUUUCAAAUAUUCGCAGCAUUAUGCACGGGUCUUAGUCUUGCAGCAGAUACCGUUGAAUUUUUUGUCGUACCUUAUAUAUUACCAAGUGCGGAAGUUGAAUUAUGUAUCAAGGACAAUGAAAAAGGAUGGUUGGGAAAAAUAACACUAGUUGGUCUUGCACUUGGCGGAAUCGGAUGGGGUGGAUUGGGUGAUCGCAUUGGACGUCGUAGAGCAUUACUGUCAGCUAUGUCAGUUCAUAUUAUUUUUAGCGGUGUAGCGACUUUUAUGCCUACCUACGGAACAUUUAUGACUGCACGAUUUAUUUCAGCCAUGGGCGUUAGCGGUGCAAUACCAUUGGCAUUUGUCUAUAUCGCCGAAUGCUGUCCGCACAUUAGUCGUUCAAAAUGGACCAGCAUUUUAAUAAGUGCUGGUGCACUUGGUGGUGUCUAUGCUGCACUAUUAGCUUGGAUCGUAGUACCAACAACUGGUGAAAUGGUCGUACUAGAAAACAAAGAACACUUUAGCGCUUGGCACAGAUUUUUAUUGAUGUGUUGGAUACCGGCUGUCUGUGCGACAAUCAGCCUAAUAUUCAUACCAGAAAGUCCACGUUAUUUGAUAGAAGCCGGUCAUGAUGUUGAAGCGAUGAUGGUUUAUCAGAGAAUAUACAAGAGUAAUACACGUAAAAACAUAACCGGUGCUGGUGCGAUAACAGCAACAACACAGUAUCAAUUAUCUGAAUUAGAAUUACCAACUAAAAGACCUCGAAGACGUGGACACUGCAGCGGAACUUGUUCACCACCUUCUCCAUCAUUGUCUAACAGUGUUAAUGGUAAUAAUCAUAAUCAUCAUCAGUGCAGUAAUAGUACCAGUGGUGUACUUGCAGACAUAACUUAUUCAAUACAAGUAUUUUGCAAUUCAUUUAUUGAAUUAUUUUCAUCAUCAUUUUUACGUAUAACUGUAACACUUUUGAUAAUAUGGUCAGCUGUUGGUUUUGGAUUAUACGGAUUACUUCUCUGGUGUCCAGAGUAUCUAAAAGUUAUUCGUUCAGUGGAAUAUGAGCAGGAUACGAUACGUUUAAUAAAUAAAGAAUAUAUAAAUCAAACUUUUACAUCAUCAUUAGAAAAUCGUUGGUAUAAAAAUUCAAUAUUUAUAAACUGUAAAUUUACUAAAAUGGUAUUUAGUCAUGUUGAUUUUGACAAUUGUACAUUUAAAUCCGUCGAAUUUAUCAGCAUCAAAUCAAGCAAAACCCAUUUUGUUGAUAGUAUUAUUGUUAACUCGAAAUUUCUCGAUACUGAUUUAUCAGCUAAAAUUUUUAAUCGGUGUGUUAUGGAAAAUAAUACGAAAUUGAGUGUUAUAAGUCCGUGUCCGACAUUGGAUCUUGAUUAUAAUAUUUAUAUUGAAGAAGCACUUCAUGGACAUUUGGUAGCUCAAAUUGUUAUCGUUGUUGCUGCGGCAUUUACGGGAUACUUUAUACUUACAGCAACAUUUCAACGCCCUAAAAUAAUUGGUUUAUCAUUACUCGUAUUUAUAAUUGCCGUAGUAUGCAGUUUAAUACUCAUCAUAAGUAAAAAUAGUGCAUUAGCAGUACUAGGAUUCGAAGGAGGUUUUAUAGCCAUAUUUGCAAUGAUCUGGACUAUCUUAACAUUCAUAACAAUUGAAUUAUUUCCAACCCACUUGCGCUGUACCGCAUUCGGACUCAUGGCAGCAGGAUUCAGAAUUUUCGGAUUAAUCGGCACUGCUAUUUAUCAAACUAUCGUCAGUGCUCAUUUAAUAAUACCACCUUUACUUACAGUAUUUACACUAGCUAUUGUAAGUAUCGCAACAUUUUAUCUCCCAAAUACAAAUAAUGUCUUUUUAUAGAGUUAUUUAAAUUAAUUAUUAAUAAAACAAUAAUUAAAAGCACAGUAGUAAAAAAAUAUAUAUACAUACAUUUAUAUAUCGUACGCACAUGAUGCGAAUAAGCUAGUGAAAGAAAAAAACCAAAGAGUGAAGACUAAUGUAAGUAAAUUGUAUAAAUGUCGAAUAGUUAUCGAAGGCAAAAAAAAUACUGAUCCAUUUCUUCUUAUAAUAAUUAAUUAUAUCAAUUAAAUAUCAGAUGAAAAUAUUUACAUAACAUUGUAAUUAAUAUAUCAUAAAUUUUAGUUAAUAUUUAAAUAUAAUAAUGAUAAUAAUAAUAAGCUCAAUUAUAAUGAUAAAGUAGUAAAAGAAUGUACUUUUAAUGCUUGCCAUAAUUAAACUUAAUUAUAUACGUAAUUAAUAAAACAAAAACUUUGCGAUCAAUUUAAAACUCUACACACGUACACACAUAUCAUAUAUGUAAAUAUUGAUAAUAUAAUUUAAAUGAUAAUAUUUGUCUUCGCCUUAAAAGCGAAUUUAAAUGGAAUGAAAAAAAAUGAUAGUCAAUUAAAAAAAAAAAAAUGAUAUUGAAAAGAUGCUAUUUGUACUUUGACUAAAAAUUAAUUUAUAAUUAUUUUUAAUAGUUUUAAACUAUUUUUACCUGCGCGUUGUGUCAUUUUUUUAUAUAUGUAUAAUAUAAGGAAAUAUAUGCACGGUUGUAUGUGUAAAUAAUAUACACAAAAAAAAAUUAAAUAUAAAUGCUGUUUUAUUAUGUACACAAUUAAUUAUGUAUAAAUUAGCGCAGCUUAUUUUUUUAGGCGCGCGAUUAUUUGAUUUUUAAAAAAAAGUUUAAUAACAAUAUUGUAAUAAUUAUUAUUAUAUUAUUAUUAAAAUGACAAAUACGCAAUUUAUGUAUAUAGAUAAAGUGAAAACUGGUAGUUGUUGAUACAUUUUGAUGAUUAUUAUAAAUAAAAGUAGUAAACAGCUGUAUAUUAUUUUGACGUAAUUGUAUUACUUUUAAAUCUACAAUUAUAAUAAUAGGAAUAAUAAUCAAUAAAUAAUUUAUUAUACGUAGUUACUAUUUAUGUAUAAUGUAAUCAUUAUAAAAGCUAGAUUGUAUACUUUUAUGGUAAAAUAAUUUGUUUAGACCCUCUUAUCACGCUAAGCGUAAUGUAGGCCGACUUUCGUGGGUAUUCUCUUUCUAUUUUUUUUUUUUUUUAUAUUACUAUUAUUAGUAUUUAUAUAAAUAUCAUGUACAAAGUUUGUCAUUUAAUUUACGAUAGAUAAAUUAUUGUUUUAUUUAAAUCUCGUAGUUAUCAUCAAUCAUCACUGAUAUAUUUUAAAUAUGUAAACAAUACGAGAUAAUGCUCAUUCCAUUGCGCAACAAGCAAAAAUUAUUUUGUUUAUAAAUGCAAACAGUACUAAAGCUCUUAAAUUAUAAUUUCCAC